AUGACUGACAAGUAUAUCCUGCGGGUCACAGCUGGCCCAAAUUACGACGCAGACUCACAAGUCGAAGUACCCGUCAACAAGCCACAGCCCAUCAAGAUCAGCACUGAAUUGGCCGACAUUGAACUCAAUGUGCGGAUACAGAAAUACGCUGGUUUGCCCCGCCAGUCGCCCGAGACAUCGUCUUAUUUUUCCACCGAGCCACAUGCGACCAACAAUGACCAGUACAGCAUUUCAUUCCGCUUCACACCUAAGAAGCCUGAAGGUGCCACGGGGGAGGGCAUUUCUGCCGCUGACCUUCAGUUCGGCAAUGAUUUUGAUCAUCCUAUCAGAGACCGUCUGCCUCCCGGCUUCAACACGGCCAUGAACAUCGUCAAGUGGUGGAUUGACCCCGGUCUAGAGGGCGACGCGUACGCUGAUACCCCGUAUCUCUACGGCCCAGCCUUGAGUUCCUUUAAUGUAGUCCAUGCGGGUGCUGGUACCUAUGAUGAGCAAAAAGGUGGCCUCUGGUUUGAAGAGGGAGGCGACGACGACGGUAUGGAGAUGAGAGAGAAGAUCGGGGCACCCACCACGUCCAAGGAGCGCAUGAAAUGGGCGCUCAGGAAAGACAGCAAGGAGCAGUGGCUGUUUGAAUACGGGAAGACUUACGGCAUGGACUUUUUCAACCCGUACCUUGACUUCUCGAACCUCUCGCUCCGCCUGCCUGGCUUCCAGCUGGCCAUUAUGAAAUACUGGGACGGACAAGGCCUACGGGAAGGAGAGCCAAAGCGCUCACACCAGCUUAGAUACGUUCUUCGGAACCGCUCGACCGACCAGGUCUACCUUGUCAUUCUGUUCACCAUCCAUUACCAAGCCGACAUCAAUGAAGACGGCUCGAUCAAGGCCGGAGCGGAAGGGCCCAAGGCUGGUGACCUGCCUUCGUCCUCCGAAGACCACCACAACGCCCACGACGAGACCAAAGCCCUUGAUGAGGCUAGAAAGCAAAUGGGGCCUGCUUCACACGAGACCGAGACAAAUGAUGAUGAUGUAGACUAA